GCGGCCAUUGGAAAUAUGUCAAUUUUAUAUAGAAUAAAGAAGAACAGCUAUUUAGUGUGUUGUAACCACCACCUUCAUGCGUCAAAAUUAGUGGUGUGUCACCUGCAAAAGAAGGGGCGUAACUCUUACUUAUACUGGAAAACCGCCAUUUUGUACAGAUAUGUAAAAAUGAAAACACUGCUAUUACUUCUAAUUUCGGUUGGUGGUAUCUCGGCACAGAACUUCAAUUUGUUUGUGUGCCCGGAAGACUGGAUACCAAAUGGAGACAGAUGUUACCAGUUCUCAUUUAUUCCACACAAGUAUGAUGAUGCAGCCCAUAUUUGUCAGAAAAAUGGUGCCAUUCUACUGAGCGUAGACAGUGAUGUUGAAAAUACAUUCAUUUUGACACAGCUGAGGAGAAUAGAUGUGAUGAGAAAUGAAUGGUAUACGAGUGGAGAACGUGACUCCUCAAAAUCAUUUGCAAGGUUUGUGUGGACAGCUACAAGCCAGGAGAUAUCACUGUCCUCAAACAUUUGGAUUAAUGAAUAUGAACCAUUCAACAAUGAUAUAACUCGAGACUUACUUGUGUACAAGUAUGAUAUGAAUAGAGGACUUUACGGAGUAGCAGCAGUGUCAAACAGAUGGCAGCGGAGAAAUUUCAUUUGUGAGAUUAGCAGAAAUGAAGUGUACAGAAUCAACAUUAACAAAAGAGGCUAUGAUUAUGGGGUGCCAUUCAAAAAUAUGAACGACGUGCACAGGGGUCCGAAGUUCACUGUAGAAGCAUCGAGUACUGUUGUGAUCAUUGACGAAGACCAGGGUAUGGCUAAGGGAAUGGUGUACUUGGAAUGUAUUGGUGGAGGGAUACCUCAGCCUGAUUAUAGCUGGAUCAGAAAUAACUCUGGUGUCAUACAACCUGUAGACACAAGUGAUGACUCACGUUACACUAUUACAAAUGGAAAAUUGACCAUUGAAGACCCUAAGGAAAGUAAAGAUGCUGGGAUAUAUCAAUGCAAGGUGGAAAACUCUGUAGGGGCAAUCGUUAGUGCUCCCGCUCAACUCUCGUUUGCAAGUCUUGGAGAAUUCCCAAAUAUUCCAGUUGCCUCUGUCAAUCCUUGGGAGUACCAGGGUGCUGUCAUUGAAUGUCCAGAUAUAGCUUCAGGUUUUAAACAAGCUGUUGUAUACCAGUGGAAGAAAUCAGAGGAGGAUCGCUAUUCUGGAGAUAUUGACAAAUUACGUAAAAUGGACGUCAGACCAGAUUUAAAUAACCGUCUUUUUGUCUCCGGCAAUGGAAAACUGUAUUUCUCAGAAGUCACAGAUGCGGAUAACUAUUUCUACUACUGUAUUGCAACAUUGACAACACUGAAUCUGAACCAGAACUUCAUCAGUACGACCCUGAGUCCAAGUCGAACCAGUAAACCUGUUCGUCUUGAAGUCCGUGCUAAUUCUGGUGGAACAUAUGCGCCAAGAAUUCAAGAUAGUUUCAUAAAUGUGGUUCCCGGUUCACCAGUUGUCGGCAUGAACAUAAGUCUCGAGUGUUUUGCCUAUGGAACAAUUCCACUAACAUAUACAUGGAAAGUGCCGAGUGGAGUACGAGGUCGUUAUGAACUGACAGAUAGUAAUCGGGUUCUGAAGAUACAAAAUGUACAACAGGAUGACUCAGGAGAGUAUUCAUGCCGCGUGACUAAUUCUAUCGGCAAUGGACAGCAGUCAGACAAUAAGACCUAUACUCUUUAUGUUGAAUCCAAGCCGGACUUUAUUGUACCAUUGACUGACCAGCAUCUUGACAAGGGAACUCGACAGUUAACAUGGCGGUGUGAAGCUCGUGGUGUACCAUUCCCAGUUUAUACUUGGUUAAGGAAUGGUGAGAUUAUACAAAAUAGCUCCGAUGGUGACCGUCUUGUUUUGGCCAACACGCUUUUCCUGAGGAAUCUGCAGCAUGACAGAGAUAGCGGAAUGUAUCAGUGUAUAGCGGAAAAUUCACAUGGCGUGUCUUCAACUUCUGCACAACUAAGAAUUUUAGAGGUGGCGCCGUCAUUUUCGAAGUUUCCGCUUCCUUCAAGUAUGGGUGGUGCAGUUGGUGGUAACAUCACAAUCCCUUGUCGCCCAGAAGCAGCCCCAUUCCCAGAAAUAACCUGGUUCCGUAACAGUGCCAACUUGAAUCCUGUGACCGAUUCUGGAUCUCGUUUGCAGAUGACCAUCGAAGGAGAUUUAAGGAUUCAAGACUUGAGUAUGUCAGAUCAGGGAACAUAUGAAUGUCGUGCUAAGAACGAGCUUGGUGAGGACAGGAGUAGAACAAUCCUCAGUAUAAUGCCACGCACCCAGAUAUACCAGCCACCAAGACCACAGUCUGUAGAAGUGAAUAAAACUGCCUUCAUGUACUGUCAGGCUUCCUUCAACCAGAACAAACUUGACCUCGUAUAUCUAUGGGCGUUCAAUAACAGGAUGAUAGAUAUUGAAAACAAUGAACACUACAGAAGGGGCAAUUCCCCAGACCAGCAAGGAGGUUUAUAUCUGAUAUUUGCCCAGUAUGAUCAUACUGGUACAUACACAUGUAUUGCACAAACACAAGUUGACAUGGCUAAUGCUUCAGCCUCACUGGUUGUUACAGGUCCCCCAGGGGAGCCUGCUGGUGUGCAGGCAUACAGUGCUUCUGAUAAGAUCUCACAAGAAGUGUCGGAUGAAGGUGGGGUAAGGGAAACUGAUGUCGUCCUCAGAUGGACAGAUCCAGUAGAUACUCAUGGGGCUCCUAUACAGACUUACAUGAUCUAUGGACAGACAAAUUACACCACUGAAUGGAAACCUCUAUACACAUAUAUACCUCAGUUUGACACAGUGAUACUGGGAGGAGUAGAUUCACAGAGACGUCAAUAUCUGGUGCGCAAUCUUAGCCCUGGAGUUGGCUAUUCCUUCAAGAUAAAAGCAGUUAACAUGUAUGGUGUUGGACUAGAAAGCGAACCUACUAGGCGUACAACGAUACCAGGCUCUAAACCAACAAAAGCACCGAAAAAUGUUGGCGGUGGAGGAGGUAGUGUAGGAACCCUAAGAAUGACCUGGGAUGCAUUGCCGCCAGAGGAUCAUAAUGGAUGGGGUAUAGGAUACGAGGUUGAGUAUAGAUUGAGGCCCCCACCAGGCGAGGAACAAACAAGCAAUAUCAAAUGGAACAAGAUUGAAGUGAUUGGUAAUGCAAGUGAAACAUCAGCAGUUAUUGGGGUAGAGAACUACUACCUACUGUACCAGGUCAGGGUCACACCAGUAAAUAUAUUUGGAUCCGGACCUACAGCACAGAAUGACAGUGUGUACUCAGCUGAAGAGAUGCCAAUAGGAAUUCCAAGCAAUAUUUAUGCUGAACCAUUCAACGAGUCAGCCAUUAUUGUACACUGGGACCCUGUACCACUAGAUAGGACUUUUAUGAAAGGUGAACUGAAAGGAUUCAAGAUCGAUUACUGGCUGAUGCCACCAAACAGUACACGAAACACGCAAACUGUACAAAACUUAGAAAAUCGUAUUGAUAACAAACAAGCGAUCUUUUAUGGGAAUAUCAACCAGGGAAUGAUUAUAGGGCUCAGAAAUAACACCUGGUACACAGUCACUGUUACAGUAUUUAACAAUGCUGGCAAUGGACUUAAAAGUGAAGUGGCUCACCAGAAAACGGACAAAUCAGCCCCUCGGAACUAUCCAGUUCACAUCAGAGUGUUUCCGUAUGAGGAGAAUUCUGUGGUUGUAAGGUUCCGAGGUGUAUCUACAACUGUAGAUGAAGAACCACUUUUAGGUUAUAAGAUUCGAUACUGGAGGGAUACAGAGGACAUCAGGAAUGCAACAGACAUUUCAAUUGGGAAGAACACAGAGGGUACAAUCUAUCAGAUACAGGCUGGGUACCUGUACCAUCUGAGAGUGUUGGGAUACAGUGUUGGUGGAGAUGGAAAAAUGAGCUCACCAGAAACACUUUUUACAUAUACCAGGGGCCGGGUAACACAGGUGAGCGUGGAUCCAACAACAACAAAUGUGACAUUUGUGUCACAUGACAUGAUGGAUUCUGCACAUUCCGCAACGUCAUGUGUUAUUGUCAUGAUUACAGCAUUGCUCAUGCUCAUCCUUAUCUAGAGUAUGUUCUCCAUAAUUUAAUAUGCUCAGGUCUAACGUGUAACAUCUCUUCACUGAUGAAUGAACAUCUAUUAAAUAGACUUAACAAUAAUUUGAUGAAUAUAACAACAGGGAACUAGAUUCUAAGCCAAUAUGCAUGAAAACUAUCAGCUUGAAGUUUUGAAUUUGGCUUCAAAGUUCUGCAUUUUUAUAGCUGAACUUUUGUAAAUGAAAUUUUAUAAAGAUGUGAAUCAUAUUUACAAAAAGCUCUACAAAAGCUUGAAGCAUACUUACCAGCAAGUUAAAAUUUUAUUUUUGUAAGAAAGAAGAAAAUUAAAAGGAAAACGCAAGUUGUUUUUAUGAUGUUGUCUAAAACAUAAACUAUAUAAAUAUAUUAUAGCAAACAGACAUAAUAUUCCCAGUAUUCAUAUAUCCUGAAAUUGUUAAUGCUGCUUUUGUGUAAUAUGUAGACAUUUCUAUUUUUGUGUACAAAGGUAAAAUCCAAAAUGCAUGAAAUGUACAUAGCAACUUUUCAUACAUGAUGACUGCACUGCAGUAGCAAUCUAACAGGUCUGCGUACUUACUUUACAUAUGCGAUAUUAUCUAAAAUUAUGUUGAAGUACUCAGUUUAUAUAAUACUUGUUACUUUUGCAAAAACAUUUACAUAGAAAUUUAGAAUUUUGUUAAAUAAGUGUUAAAGAAGUGUUAAAUUCUUCACUAGUCUGGUAAUAUUUGUGGGGAUGUAAGAAUUAAUUAGUGAAUUUUCUUGCCUGUUUACAUUUUGUGAAAUAAUUUUUAGGACACAAAAUCUCAUUCUGUUGCCAUAGGAGUCUCUACUCAACAUUGUGUAAAUCCAAGAUUUACUGGAAGUCUUUUUUUUAUCAUUUAUAUAUGUUUACAAUUUCUUUUUCUUUUUUUAUUGUUAGUUACCACUUUUUUGUAUACUAAGUUUAAACUGGAGAUUCAGUGUAAUAUUUUUGAUUUAUAGUUGAUACUAGUCUUGAUUUGUACUUAUGAUUUAAAUGUUUCGUGAACUGUUAUAAAUACACAUGUGUGUCCUUGUUUUAAAUUUGCUGUUCUUUGUUUACUAAAAGAAUCUCGGCGCUGCACUAAACUGAACAAGUGUUCAAACAGACUGUGUAAUCCUUCAUUCUGAACAUGAUUUAUAUUCAACAUCAGCAUAUGUAUUUAUUAUGUUGUUUUUUUUUUUUUACAGUUAAUAAUUGAAAUAUUACUAUUGUAAUUUCACAGAUUUUAUAUUUUUCACUAAAUAUGAAAUAUACUUUUCAUUUGCACUGAACUUCAAAACAAAAAAUUGCAGUUAAGUAAGCUCUUCUUUUUCUGAAAAAAUCCUUAUCAAAGAAUUUGCUGUCAAGUUAGCUCUUCUUUUUCUGAAGAAAUCCUAAUCAAAGAAUUUGCUGUUAAAUUAGCUCUUCUCUUUCUGAAGAAAUCCUUGUCAAAGUAUUUGCUGUUAAGUUAGGUAUUCCCUUUAUGAAGAAAUCCUUAUCUACGAAUUUGCAGUUAAGUUAGCUCUGCUUUUUACAAAGAAAUCCUUAUAAAAGAAUUUGCAAAUCUGGAGUCCAGUCCGUUUAAAGAAAUCAAACAUAUUAUUUUGUGUAUAAAGAAAUCAUAAUUAUAUUUCUAAGUAUUCACAGAGUAAAUGUACAUAUUGUGAUAAGUGUAGAGACAUUUUUACAUAUUUUUGAAUUACAUACCAUCAGUUUCAUUGCUUAUUUUUGUAUCUGUCUCUGCCACAAAAGCAAGAUCAGGGUAUCUUUUGUUCAUAACAAAAAACACAAAAACUUGUUUUUAAGUCCAUAGCAGAUGUAUUUUACAAGAAUAAGAAAUCUCUUUUUACUUUGUAUUUGCAGUGGUUCAUCGUACUAGAUGUACUUUUUAGUUUUUUUGUCCUCUCAAGUCCUGUAAUGUGUGAUUAAGUAAAUAUUUUUUGUACUUCCGUCUCAUUUAUGUGCUAAAGUAAAGUGUUCUAGUUUACAUUUUUUCAGGUGCCAUAAUUUGUAGUAUAGAAGUGUUUUUUUUUUAAAUUUGUAAAAAACACUAAGUCUUAUUAAUGUCACUUUGCAAAAAGUGAACAGUUUUACAAAUGUGUAUUUAUUGAUAGAUCAUUUAAAAUCACAUGUUUUCCAUCAUUCUUUAGAUUGUUAUUACUAGUGGUUAAUGUGUCAGUGUUUGAACCGAGAGGUCAUGGGUUCAAGCCCGAUGGCUCAUGACCACAUCUUGUGUGACACAAGUACUGGUUUCUCUCAAGUGAGUUAAAAAAAACUUCGAAGUUUUCAUCACAGUCUAGUUCAAAUACACCAGUAUGAACUAAUUAGUAAGAUCAAAGGUCUAAGGUAGAUAAUGGUUUCUAUCCAAUAACUGAACGGGGUUCUAGUUUAUUGUCUUCAGAUUAAUUCUGUUUCUUUAUAGCUUAUGAAUGGAGAUAAACCUUGGUCUUUCUUGGGUCAUUAGGUCAAAAAUCAAGGUCUGAAAGGAGUUUCCAUGCAGUAACACGACAUAUUUAUCUGUGCGUGGUCACCAAACUUUAUAAAGACAGGUACAUACACAGUACAGGUAUAUACAGCCGGCCCGCUUAGCUCGAUAGGGAGAGUGCAGAUCUACGGAUCGCGGGGUCGUGAGUUCGAGUGCUGUGACGAUUUGAUAAAAGAUAUCAUGCCUGAUAUCAUUCGUCCUCCACCUCUGAUUCAUGUUGGGAAGUUGGCAGUUACUUACAGAGAACAGGUUUGCACUGGUACAGAAUCCAGGAACACUGGUUAGGGUAACUACCUGCCAUUACAUAACUGAAAUACUCCUGAAAAAUGGCAUUAAACCCAGAGCGAACAAACAGAUACAUACACUCAAUAUAGUACCUCUAUUUCUUUUAUCAUCAGUUAGUAUUUAUUUUAGCUCGCUGGAGAUGAAAUCUACCUGAAAUAACUUUCCAGUCUGCUUUCUGGAAACUCUGGAACUGGUGACAUGUGAGGUGUGGUUGUGACCCCAUCGGGUUGCUUAGUAGUUUAUAUAUGACAUCAAGUUAUCUUUUCACCUAUCACAGGGAAAAAUUUGAAAAUAAAUCGUAAAGAAUUAAAGAUGGUAAUUUAGCAACACAAUAGAUGUGUUACUAUACUGUUUUACGAGGGGGAUGUACAAAUUAAAUGCGUAUCUUAAUUUAAUUUAAAGUUCAUUUUCCUUUUUCUGCAUUUGAAAUGCUUUUUUCUGCUUUGUAUAUAUCAUAUCAUAGUUAUGUGCUUACAUAGAAUGUAAUUCUUGUAUCAUUGUAAAUAUACGUUCACUUUUACAUUAUUCUUAUUAUGCAGUAGCAAUAAUAUUAUAAAUGUAAUUUAUUUGUAUGUCACUUUUUCAAGUUUUUAUAUCACAUUAUGUUACUGUAAAAUCAUUUAAUUUCGUGGGCAUGAAAUUUUGUGGUUUUUGUCAGAAUGGCAAUUUUGUGGGGAUAUGAAUUUGUGGAUUUCAACUUCUGAACAUAAAAUGAAUGGGAAUUUCACUUGUUCGUUGGGAUUAAAUUUCGUGGAUUGUCUGAAGCACGAAAAUUAAUCCCCCAUGAAUAUUAAUGAUUUUACAGUAUGUAAUUUAAAAAACUCACUGUCUGUAAGGAAAUCGCUCUAAUCCAUUUAAUCCGUCAGCAUAAGAUAAAUGAUUUUUGUGUUGUGUAAAAGAUUAAAUUUCAUGUAAGGAACAGCUGAAUAACUAGACAGCCAUCAUUGUAGUCAAAACUUAGUUUGCACUGGUCUCAAAUACUGGGCCCAUUUUAAUGUUUGAAAUUUAGACGUGCAAUUUUCGUUCUGCUAGGUCAUUGUUACAUGUGCUUGGUCGUUGUUACAUAUGCUCAUAUUGUAACGAAACUUUGAUAAAAGUGCCUUCUACGACAACAACAAACAGAAAAGUUUCAGCAAAACAAAAAAAGUGACAACAAAGUUAUGGCAGAUUGAAUAUUUGGUGUUUUUAGAUUUAAAUUUCAGACUUUUGAUGUUAGUGAAUUUUAACCCAGAGUAUAGGAAGUGUUUUGUUAAGGCAAAUGUUUAAGCUUCUCGUUCACAAUUUUGCAAUUCAACACAGUUAAAAAUAAAGUGUCUAUCUAACCUUGAGAAAUAACAAAGUAGUGAAAACUUGUAUUCAGUAGUUCGAAAUAGUCCUGUAGUAUUUUGUUUAUCUUUUUAAAGUUUCGCUGAUAUUUCAGCUCUUCGGAAACAUUAAUACUUUUUGAAGAUAUUUUGCCAAAAGUCAUAUGCCAGGAAAUUUAAGCCUAAGGGUAAUUUCACAAAAAGAAACUCCUUAAAACCCCUCUAAAUUGUGAACAAGUUGACCUUUUAGUGUGUGAAGGUGCUAUUCAUACUGUCUCUGUUUACCAGGAAUAUGUUUUAGCUAUUGUAUAUUAUUGGUUGUGAAAAUAUUGUACCAGUACUUUUGUUCUGUAUGGUUCUGGACCUAGUAAGUGAUGAGGGUUGUUCAGUGAACAAUGCAACUACUGUGAAAUCUUUUAAUAUCAUAGGCAUGACUUGUUUUUGUUCAAUAAGGCCACCAGUCCUGUAUUAUGUGGGGAUAAAAUUGUUGUUUUCCAUUUACCAAGGUAUUGUUCAUUGCGAUUUAAUUUUGACACAUCAACAUGAUCCAAGAAAAUUAGUCUCCCACAAUACGAGUUCGAAUUAAAUGUUUAUUUCAUAGCAUCAUGAAUAAAGUGAAAGCAUGAUUAGAAAAUAAAGUUGUGUAAUUUAAGAGUAAUUGCUUGAAUAUGUGAGCAAUUUACUUUACAGCUAAUGUUGCAUUGUGUAUUGAAUGACACUGUACAGUUGUUCUUUAAGAAAUACUCAAAGCUGUUAACAUUACUGAAAUCCAUGUAGAAUGAAAACUUAUGGUUGAUUUAAGACAGAAAACUUACAUGUUAUCUCUUGUUAAAACAAAUUUUUUAUUUACACAUACUGUCUGUUAAGUCAGCCGGUGAUAUAAUUUUAAAACAUAUCCAAUAUUUUUUUACAAUGUAGAUACAAAAAAUGCACCCAUAUAUUUUCAACUUUUAAAUAAAAUUGAUAUAUAAAG